AUGAGAGGGGGGCUCGGGGCAUUAGGAAAGAUAGGUUAUAAGAAUGAGAGGGGGCUCGGGGCACUAGGAAAGAUAGGUUAUAGGAAUGAGAGGGGGCGCGGGGCACUAGGAAAGAUAGGUUAUAGGAAUGAGAGGGGGCUCGGGGCACUAGGAAAGAUAGGUUAUAGGAAUGAGAGGGGGCGCGGGGCACUAGGAAAGAUAGGUUAUAGGAAUGAGAGGGGGCUCGGGGCACUAGGAAAGAUAGGUUAUAGGAAUGAGAGGGGGCGCGGGGCACUAGGAAAGAUCGGUUAUAGGAAUGAGAGGGGGCUCGGGGCACUAGGAAAGAUAGGUUAUAGGAAUAAGAGGGGGCUCGGGGCACUAGGAAAGAUAGGUUAUAGGAAUAAGAGGGGGCUCAGGGCACUAGGAAAGAUAGGUUAUAGGAAUGAGAGGGGGCUCGGGGCACUAGGAAAGAUAGGUUAUAGGAAUGAGAGGGGGCUCGGGGCACUAGGAAAGAUAGGUUAUAGGAAUGAGAGGGGGCGCGGGGCACUAGGAAAGAUAGGUUAUAGGAAUGAGAGGGGGCUCGGGGCACUAGGAAAGAUAGGUUAUAGGAAUGAGAGGGGGCUCGGGGCACUAGGAAAGAUAGGUUAUAGGAAUGAGAGGGGGCUCGGGGCACUAGGAAAGAUAGGUUAUAGGAAUGAGAGGGGGCGCGGGGCACUAGGAAAGAUAGGUUAUAGGAAUGAGAGGGGGCUCGGGGCACUAGGAAAGAUAGGUUAUAGGAAUGAGAGGGGGCUCGGGGCACUAGGAAAGAUAGGUUAUAGGAAUGAGAGGGGGCGCGGGGCACUAGGAAAGAUAAGUUAUAGGAAUGAGAGGGGGCUCGGGGCACUAGGAAAGAUAGGUUAUAGGAAUGAGAGGGGGCUCGGGGCACUAGGAAAGAUAGGUUAUAGGAAUGAGAGGGGGCUCGGGGCACUUUGCGGAACAUCUUUUAACAGAAAACUGCCCACAUGA